AAUAAGAUAAAAUCUAUUUUUGAUAAAACACUGGGACAUAUUAUUAUGUUUAUACAUGCUAAAAGUCCUUCGCCUUAUAACGAAAAUUUAGUUAACCAAUCAUAUAUAUCCACGGCAUACUCUAUAAGAGGGCGAGAGUUUCCAAAAUAUAGUGUAGAUUACGAUGAUGAUUCCUCUCUAAACGGUAAAGAAAGUAUUGAAUUCGGACUUAGCGGUCCCUAUUUCAAAAAGGAUUUAGAGGAAGGUAAUAGAAAGGCUCAUUCGGAUAAUUAUCAGCGUUCUAAAAAUCAUAAUGACAUAAUGAAUAACAUUGAUCCAUAUUAUUUCCCAGAUUUGACCCAAAAAGACAAGGGAUUUUCUAACAGAAAUAGAUUAAGCAAUACCCUUAUUCGGGAAGAUGUUGUAUUUCUAAACAAACAUCAAUCGAAUAUAAAACAUAGUGUAAAAGGAUCUGGAAUAGACCCUGCACUCAUUGCUGCAUUGAUAAGCAAACAGUCGAGAGGGGGUAGAGAUUUAGACAGUUCUGGAUAUGGUGUCUUCACUAAAAAUUAUGGAUUAUUACAAAUCAAUCCAAAAAAUUAUGGGAUAACGGGUGGGCCAACUAGUCUUGAACAUUUGAGACAGGGUGUAAAAAUGAUGAAUGAAAAUUUAAACACAGUAUUAAUUGGUGAUAAAUCUGGUAUGACGAAAGAAGAAAUCAUAAAAGCUACCUUAGCGCUUUGGGGAGAAGGUCAAAAAAAUGGCAAAAGGAAGCGCGAAGUGAAGGUAAAAGAUUUAUUGAAAUCAAGAGAAAAUAAAGUUUUCGCCAACGAUGUGAUAAUAAGGACAUUAUAUUUAAAGAGAAGACAUCUUUUUUAAAUCAAACAUUUAUUUAACAUCAUUUUUAAAAUGUAAUCUACAUUUGUAGUAAUAUUA